GCCGUCUCCUCCGGUUACAAACAGCGAGCGGGCUCCUCGACUCGACACGCCUCUCACUGGAUCGUGUGCCUCUUCUUUGCCGCGUGCUUUUGCUCCAAAUGGACCCCAACUGCUCCUUCCCCACUAGCGGCUCCUGCAGCUGCGCUGGCUCCUGCACCUGCAAGGCCUGCAGAUGCCCCUCCUGCAAGAAGAGCUGCUGCUCCUGCUGCCCCGUGGGCUAUGCCAAGUGUGCCCAGGGCUGCGUCUGCAAAGGGGCCCCGGACAAGUGCAGUCGCUGCGCCUGACGCAGGGGAGAGCCUGCUCCCGGGUAUCCGCACAGCAACCAUGACAAACUUGCAUUUCACAAUUUUUUCUCACUACCUUGAUGCGAUACGACAUUCCUUUUUCUAUAAAAUAUAUGAAUUGUAAUAAAUCUUGUUGACUCUA